GGGAGCCGUCCGCCAGAGUCGUUGCGGAAGCUGAGGCAAGCGCACCUGUUGCACGAGGCGCUUGCUCGCGACAACACACGCUCAGCAUACGCGAAAUACACGUGUGCAAACUCGCGGCUCCAUGCCCUGUGACAUGACUAUCAGUGAGAGUUCAGUGACAGUGCCCACAGUAACGCCCUAGAGGACGCGUCUACAAUCUGGAGCAACCCUAGACGGGGCGAUGUUAAGAGUGGCAGUGGCGGCACUGGCGUGCCUCAGCAUGGCGCGCACUUCGCCCAACGAGCACAGCUUGCGAGCGUACGCGUUAAGCACACAGAACCCCAAGGACAUCACCAGUAUAUUGUCUAGCAUAGAAGAGAGGCUGCGGGUUUUAGACACAAUAACUGCUGUUCAAACUAAACAAGCACGGAGGCUUGAUAUCAUACAGGAUAAGCUCGACCGCGUGGAAAAUACAUUGACUUUAAAAUUAGAAAGAGCUCAAUUAACAGCAGAAAGGCUUGAGCAUAGGUUACAUUUGCUGCAAACUAAUGUCCAGGCUACUAUAAAAGAAAGCAGUGAAAAACUAGAACGUAGCCAAGCGAAAAUGGCAGAAUUAGCUCGUAAUCUUACUAACCAUAUUAUUACCCAUAAGCAUUUAUUAGAAAAGGUGAACGGUGCAUACGCAGACACGUGGCACCGAAGCUUAGUGCUGGAGUCCUUAAUGAGGGACGGGUUAUCCCUCGUCAACGUGACGAGAAGGGAACUAGCUGACGGACUGAGAUCCUUAGCUAGAAGACAACGAGAAUCUAGAAUCAGCACCGUUGACUUAGAUGCAAUCGUGACGAAACGUCUUAACGACAACUCCUAUAAAAUCGACCUAAAGAUGCAAGAACUUUUGGACGCACAAAAGCGUUUCGUGGAUUCUUGUCAGCAAGUACAACAAGACGACCCCAGGCAGGUGACGGAUGUACUGAACAAACUAAUCGAUUCGUUAAUUAAAAUAACAUCAUCAACAUUCCAUGAGCUUAAAAAGAUUCAGGAUGACGUUAACAAGUAUGACAACAGAGUCGUUAAAAUCUUGAAUGCCACACGAGUACCACAGACGGAUUUGACCUGCCGACGCUUAGAAAGUGCUUUCCGCAAUACGUCCCAUACGAUCCUAAAGGAGAACGAACUGAGACAACUGACAGAGAAGUUCGUAUCUCUGACCGACCGAGCUGAUGCCACGCUGCAACGCUUGGAAGCUCAUCUAAAGGACGACCCUGAGGAACCAGUGCCGCCUUCUGACGUCACUGCAGCCGCUGACAGGCUUCUGGAGAAACUUGCAGCCAUAAAUAAUGAAGAGUCUGACGAGGAGUUCUGGGGAGAGGACGAGGCUUACUUCGACGACGGCGGAGGGGGCGACAUCAUGGGCGCAGACAAGGACAUCCUGAGCGGCACCACCGCUCGCCGCGCGAGGACCACGACGGUGCGCACACCGCACCGGCGACAUCCGCACAAACACCCGUACGACCGCGGCCCAGACAUCGAUAGCCCCAAACCCUCAUUUUAAGUUUGAUACAUAAAUUCCGCGAAAGCC